CCUCAAUAUACAUCAUUAUUUAUACAUCUCUCUCGUCCAUUGCAUGAGGUUGCGGCUUGCCACGUCGCCGUCACAUCAAUCACGUUGAUGAGUGCCAAUUCUAGUUCGUGUGCACACACCUACGUAUCACUUGAAGAUUGGCUAAAUAUUGUAACCUGUCUGUUACGCUUCACACUUUCCUCUUGUCAUACACUGCAAUAACAAUGUCUCUAUCGUUCAAAGGCCAAACUGUCGUAAUCACUGGUGCAGGUGGUGGACUCGGGAAAGCAUACUCGCUGCUAUUCGCGUCGCGCGGUGCGAACGUUGUUGUAAAUGACUUCAAUGCAGAGGCUGCACAAAAAGUUGUGGAUGAAAUAAAGAAAGCUGGCGGGAGCGCCAUUGCAAACACCUCUUCUGUGACUGAUGGUGCUGCGGUGAUUCAGAGCGCUAUAAGUGCUUUUGGCGGUGUAUCAAUCCUCAUUAACAAUGCUGGUAUUCUGAGGGACAGAGGGUUUAAGAACAUGACGGAUGCCGAGUUUGACCAGGUCAUCUCUGUGCAUCUCAAGGGUGCAUUUUCGUGUACGAAAGCUGCUUGGCUGCACUUCAGGAAUCAGAAGUUCGGGCGCAUUAUUAACACCGCUAGUGCAGCUGGUAUUCACGGGAACUUUGGCCAGGCGAACUACAGUGCUGCUAAAAUGAGUUUAAUUGGAUUCACGAAGUCGUUGGCACGAGAAGGUGCGAAAUAUAACAUCAGCGCCGUCGCUAUUGCGCCUGUUGCUGCAUCAGCUAUGACUGCGACAAUCAUGUCUCCGGAGAUGCUCGCGAAUCUGAAGCCGGAAUUCGUGGCGCCUUUCGUCGCUGCUGUGUGCCAUCCUGAUGGACCGAACCCUUCUGGCAGAGUGUUUGAGAUUGGCGCUGGAUUUGUCACAGAGCUUCGAUGGGAACGCAGCAAAGGCACCGUCUGGAAGACGGACGAUACGUUUACUCCUUCAGCUGUCAAACUCAAGUGGUCAGGAGUGACCGAUUUCUCGGAAGUGAGCCACCCGGAGUCCGUGUCCGAUGUUGAUAGCACUCUCGAACUUGCUUCUGCGAUGCCUCCAAAUCCCCAGUCAGCACCACCGGUUCGCUUCGACAACAAAACUGUCAUUAUCACGGGUGCUGGUGCUGGUCUUGGACGCGCAUAUGCACUCAUGUAUGCGCGCCUUGGUGCAAAUGUGGUUGUCAACGACGUUAGUGAGAAAGGAGCGCAUGCUGUGUGCUCCGAAAUCAAGUCGGGUAGGUUGUCAUUUUCAACCGAUGUCCCCAAUUUGAUGCAGGCUUUCACAGCUGGGGGCAAAGCAGUUCCUGCAGUUUGCUCGGCAGAAGAUGGCGAGGCCAUUGUCAAGACAGCUUUGGACGCAUUUGGAGGCGUACAUGUUCUUGUAGCGAAUGCUGGUGUCCUGAGAGACCGCUCAUUCACCGCCAUGUCCGAGCAGGAGUGGGAUCUUGUCGUGGCAGUGCAUUUGCGUGGUACAUACAAGUGCGCAAAAGCUGUUUGGCCUAUUUUCCAGAAGCAGAAAUACGGUCGUAUUGUUACGACCUGCUCACAAUAUUCGUCAGCUAAGGCUGGUAUCAUGGGUUUCACCAAAACGCUUGGAUUUGAAGGCCCAAUGUCAUCGCUCCCUCCUGCGGGCACUGCCAUGACGAUGACCAUCUGGCCACAAGAAAUGGUCGAUGCAUACAAGCCCGAUUACAUUGCACCAGUCGUCGGCUACCUCACGAGCGAAGCAAACACCGAGACGACAGGACAAUUGUUUGAGAUUUCUGGUGGAUGGGCAGCGCAGACUCGGUGGCAGCGUGCUGGCGGCUACGGGUUCCCUACCAACAAAGUGCUCACACCGGAAGAUAUCAUCUCCAAAUGGGAUGUUUUCACCAACUUUGAUGAUGGUCGUGCUAUACACCCUACUACCACAGCUGAAGGUAUGCAACAAAUAAUGGGCAACUUUGAGAACAAAGCGUCGGUUGUAGAGACUGCAAAAGAUGCUGUGAGAGACGCUGGAAAGGCGUUGAAAGCUAAGUUGUAAGAGUAUCAUACACUUUUGGAACUGUAUCUACCUAUUCCUUUGUAUUAUUAUUUGUGCACAUGUCAUGCAUGUAGGGUCAUAGCAUUCGGCUUGCGGAUCACAUUUGGGGGAGAGUACAAAUGUGUUUGUGCACUCAACGCCGGACCUUCAUCAGUUACUCCUACUUAUCGUUGGUCAAUCAUUACUAGUUGAUAACUUAGUGUCGUACUUGAGCCAAAGGUAGUACUUACGUACCUGAACUUAUAUGAGCGUAGAUG